AUGGCAAUGGCACGUUACCUCGGAAUUGCUUCGGCAUUGGCUUCCACCAGCCUUGCUCAAUUUACCCCAGAGAAGCUGAUCGGUGCGCCCCGCCGUGGUGCGCUGAGCCCCAGCGGCGAUGGAUCUGUUGCUCUGCUGUCCAUCUCGCAGUACAACUUCUCUGCGACCGCUGGCCACUCCAGCUGGGGACUUCUUGACCUGAAGUCUGGAGAGUUCAAGGACUCUGGUCUCAACUUCAGCGAAGUCAACGAGGCUGCAUGGAUCCCAGGCACUGACACUGGCAUUGUCUACAUCAACGGCACCAACGAGGAGAUCCCCGGUGGUGUCACCAUCUGGAUUGGAGACAUCAAUGACCCAUCUAAGAGCACCCUGGCUGCUUCUCUUGAUGCCCCUUACAACGGUCUGAAGAUCGCAAAGACCGAAUCUGGCGACAUCCACUUCCUCGUCAAUAGCCUGGCCUACCCCAAUGGCACCGCCGUUAACCCCAAGACCGAGGUCACUCCUAAGCACACGGGACGCUUCUACAAGGACGUCUACGUUCGUCACUGGGACACUUGGCUCACAAAGAACCGCCACAAUGUGUUCGCUGGUGCCCUCUCUGCGAACGCCAGCUACGGUCUUGCUCACCCUGGUCUGCGCAACUUGAACCACGCUGUCAACUGGACCACUACCAGGUCUGAGACUCCAGUACAGCCGUUCGGCGACUCUGGUGAUUACGCCAUUUCACCUGACGGCAAGCUCUACGCUUUCCUUAGCAAGGCUCCUCAGCUGAACAAGGCCAACUACACCGCCAGCUACAUCUACCUUGGCGAGGUCGCUGGCACAGCUGCUCCAGCUGCUUUGAACGGGCCCGGCUCCGAAGCUGCCGAGGCUGGUCACCAGGGUGCUUCUGGCUUGCCCUCGUUCUCGCCCGACAGCUCCAAGCUUGCCUACGUUCAGCAGGAUGAGGACUACUACGAGUCCGACAGGUGGCAGCUGUACACUGUCGACGUUGCCCCAGCUAACGGCAGCGUUGCCACCAGCAACUGGAAGGGUCUCUCCGCUGGCUUCGAUCGCUGGGUCCAGGGCCCGUUGACUUGGGCGCACGAUGGUUCCUCUAUCUACACGACCGCUGAGGACUACGCUCGUGUCAAGAUCUUCAACUUCCCCAUUACUGCCAAUGCCAGCUAUAUUCCAGAGCCUUUGACCUCCAACACCUCGGUCUCUAGUUUCUCUCUUCUGAAGAACAACGACUUGCUCGUUACCGCUUCGGCCAUCUGGACACCUGUCGAGUACUACACACUGACCAACGGCACCAAGAACACUAUCUUCUCUGCUGCCGAGAGCGAUGAAGAGUUUGCUGACCUCAGCGCCGACCACGUAUCCGAGAUCUUCUUCAACGGAUCCGACCCGAACUUGAAGCAGCAGCUCCACGCCUGGGUCAUCAAGCCCAGCAACUUCGUCGAGAACAAGACUUACCCUCUUGCGUUCUACAUUCACGGUGGACCUCAGGGAUCGUGGGGCAACUCUUGGUCAAACAGGUGGAACCCGGCAGUCUGGGCUGACCAGGGCUACAUUGUAGUCGCACCUAACCCAACUGGCUCGACUGGUUUCGGCCAAUACCUUACCGACGCCAUUCAGGGUCAAUGGGGUGGAUACCCCUACUAUGAUUUGGUCAACGCUUGGGAGUACAUCAACUCCGAACUGACCUCUUUCGUCGACACCAAGAACGGCAUCGCUGCUGGUGCUUCUUACGGAGGUUACAUGACCAACUGGAUCCAGUCCAACGACCUUGGUAACAAGUUCAAGGCCCUCGUCACCCACGACGGUAUUUCCCAGACCAAGGCCGCCUGGGGCACUGAGGAGCUUUGGUUCAUCCGUCAUGACUACAACGGUACUGUCUGGCAGUCUGAGGCGUACGAGAAGUGGAACCCUUUCAACCACAUCGCCAACUGGUCUACCCCUCAGUUCGUUGUUCACAACACCCUCGACUACCGUCUCCCCGAGAGCGACGGCAUCGCUCUGUUCAACGUCCUGCAGAACGUCGGCGUGCCCUCGCGUUUCCUCAACUUCCCCAACGAGAACCAUUGGGUCAUCAAGCAGGAGAACAGCUUGUUCUGGCACAAGGAGAUUUUCAACUGGAUCAACCACUACUCCAAGGGUACGCCUUUGGACGAUGAGCCUGCCGGUAAUUAA